AUGGCAGAGCCUGCCAUCUUUAGGCUUCCAGAUCCUGGGGACGGUGAGCUUGAGGACAGAGAGUCCGAGUCAGAGGCCGAGGAAGCUCCCAGGUCUGCAGGUGCCCUGCGGACUGUUCGAUAUAGGGACAGACUUCGAAAUGCUUCCCGUGCAGAGGUUUUGUUUCUGUAUGCGAAAACCUGUGGCGACGAAUCAGAAUCUCUGGGCACCGCUGCUGCAGGGAAUUAUUUGUUUUGUGUUGCUGAGCUUGGGGGAAAAUGCAUCAAGCCGUUGGGUGCCCAAGAGCACUUGCAGCAGCAAGAUACUUGGCGAGCUCGGCGUCAGAAACGUCGCGAUCGAGAUUUCGCCGCUAAGCAGAUGUCCCUCCAGAACCAGACAACCCGAAACCAGAUGUUCAAGUGCUGUUUGAAGUCUCUUUUUCGUUUCAGGGCAGCUGUCCAGUUGGGGCCUGCCCAGGCUGCAGUGGCAGGUGCCUGGUGCCGGGCACCUGCAGCUGCUAACCAGGGUGCGGUGACUCCUGUUCCUGCGAUGCCCGCCUUGGCUGGCAGGUUGGCGGUUUUGCCUGCAGGGCAAGCGCAAUGGGUUUUUCAAGCUGCUGCGCCAAGCGUCAUCUUCGAAGCCGUUGCAGAUCGCCAGGGCCUUUACACUUGCUUUGCAGACGGACAGGCGGCGGAGCCUGAAGUAGGCACUGCGAGGCGUUACCUAGGGCGUCCUUUCUGGAUGGUUCGCUUGCCACCAACUGUCAUGAAGCAUUUGAUGGAGAUAGGCAAGGAGUUCGUGGUUCCUGGUGGGCUUGUGACUUCUUUGGGGCACCAGUUGCCCGGAACCGUUCCUGCUGCGGCAGAAGGAAGCCCCAGUGAUGGUGCCGACAGUGGUUCCUCUUCCUCCUGCGAGAUGAAGAAAGUGCGCAGGCCGGCCAUGCAAGAAAUCCUGUUGGGAAAGCUCGCUUACAAGCUCAGCUCAACGGUAGGCAUUCAAGAUGUGGUUCGCACCGUCCUUCGAAUGUUAGUGCCAGAUAGUUUAGGUCUGGCAGACAACAUGAAAGUGUCGCAUGGGCAUGUGCGGAAUAUCUUGCUAAAGCUUGAUGCCUUGCAUUCCUUGUCUCGCCGGUUCCUUGCCCCACCAGGUGGUGGGGCAGACAAGUCGCUGCGAAUUGUCAGGUACAUCAGUCCUGACAGUUCCCCGCAAGCGAAUUAUGAUUAUUUUUGUGCGACAGAAGAGUUGCUGCUCUAUCGUUCCGACGAGCUUCCAAGGGAUGCGGGUGGAAAUGUAGCUCCUUUCAAAGGGUUUGAACACCAGAGGCGUUCGAUGUUGUGUACAACAAUUGCGAGAGGACAAGGAAGCACAGCUUCGAAGGCAAGCAAGAUGGUACAUAUGAUUGCCGUUGAGAGUGGUGCGUCUCUCUUUGAGACGUAUCGUUCGGAAGUUCGGGGCUUCUUAAGCGAUCAAGGAACGGAGCGAGGCAUAGCAUCGUUUCCAGUCCGCAGUUGCUCUGAGGUCCAGAGUAUUGUGGGCGCUCAAGCUUUGGCGAGCGAGGCAAUACAGGAGGAUUUUCGUGAAUUGCCGCUCUUUCAUUCCGCUCUACACAUACCGGGAACACUACACAUAGUGUUUAACGCACUGGAAUUCAGCUUGAAGCAGCUUGAAACCUGGCAAAAAUUCGAGAAACAGUUGAACAGCAUCACCCGUGUGUGCAAAGAAAAGAGUUACUCAGAAGUAAUUCUUGUGAGAAUGAUGAAGCAUGCGAGCCCCGAGGAGAGACGGUUGUUGCAUCGGAUGGAUGACCUCUUAGACUGGAGGUGGGAUUCGCUCGCAAGAGUGCUGAAGGUUUGGGUUCCUCUAUAUCCCACCUUCAAGAAAUAUUGGAACCCAGCUGUUUUUGGUGGGGACAGCUCGUCAGUCACAAUUCGAGCUGUGACGGAAGCGUUGGCAGACGAGUGCCAUUUCGACAUGGCAGUGUGGACGCAUCAGUUCUCUGCCGAGGCCACCAGGCUGGCCCACUUUUUCGAGGGUUGUCACUGCCAUCAGGAGCAGCUGACAGACCCAGAAAACCGGGAAAAGAUAAACUGUUGUUGGAAAGGCAGGCGCUUGCCUUGGCUUGCGGUUGGUAAUCUCCAGGGAGCUUUGCAAGAUGCCAUGACAAACAACGAGAUUAGUGUUCUUGCGCAUCUCUUGUCUCGUUCUAGUGAAACUGCAAGUCGGAUGGCGCACAUGGCGGACACGUGCAACAAAGUAUUUGUUGCCGUUAUCCAGCAAAAGCUUGCGUAUGCUCAGCAAGUACCAUGGGUGUUUGCCGCAGCGUUUGCGGGGUAUAUGGGCGAGACUUGGGGCCGAGUGAAAAAGGUUCUUCGGCCACAUCUUCAGAACGUUGACAACAUGAUCUCCAGUGGCCAAGUCGGCGCUCUAGACUCUGUUACACAUGCUUUGUUUGGACCAACCGACACAGGCCGCAUGCUCCGAGAGUUUCUGAACUCGGAGGAUGACGUGCCCCUUGAUCGAUGGCCAGCGUUGUUUUGGAGAGUACAGGAAUAUGCCUUUGUUUCUUUGUCCGAGCGACACACGGAGAGAGAGCAUGUCGGUGUCAAGGUUGCAGCAAACCGUGGUCUCACAAAGGCUGGGCCUGCAGUUGUCUGCAGCCGCAAGCGCAGAGAUCAAGUGUUGGAGAUGCUGGAAGAUGAGAAACAGCUCGCUUUCUUGGUCAACAAUUGGCGCAGCAGGCGCCUUUGGAGUAGCCUGCUGGAGCACAUGCUCACUCACGAAGAGGUUCGACUUAUGGACACGCCAAAGAGGCUUUCCCGCUUGUACGGGUAUAGCGAGGAAGACCACUUCAAAGAUUGCGAGGACUCUGUUCGUGCUGAUGCCGUUUACCGCCAAACUUUGAGAGAUCAGACUUUGUUACUGGCCGGAAGCUUCAAGCUUCCGAGUGCUUCCCACCAGGUAGUGAACUGGCUGAAAGGCCAUUUGGCGACGGGCGUGUUUUUCAGUGUGUCCACGCAUGUCUUUGAGCUACUUGUCGACAGGGGUCGGAGAUGUGAAGACCCAGCCGCAUCCUUCAGAACCGACUUGCUGCUGUCUAUUCUGCGAGCCGACGUCCACCCUCGGGUAAGUGAUCGUGCUUCGGUUUUCUGCUCGGUGCUGGAUGCCAGGCCAGAAGCAAGAACGGAUGCUCGUGUUUCGCGACCUGCUGCACACAUCACAGACCCGAAGCUGAGCCGCCGCAGCUGUGUGGUUGUGCAGCGUUUCCACGACGUGGAUGUUUCCCAGGGCGUGCACGGCCUUGGUGGAGAUGUGCGGGUGGCGUGCACGAAUGUGCGGAUCGAGGUUCUCGACUUGGCACGGGUGUGCACAGCAGAGAACUUGAAAGCCUUUUGUGCAAACUGUUUGCUCUGGCGUGCUAUGCCUGCGGAACUGGCCUUGGCUCUGGGAGACGAGUCCACGCAGCCAGGUUUGCUGCAGGAGCCGCAAGUGCAGAAACUUCCAGAGAUUGUCUUAGACAGCGAUCCUGCCUGCUUGUUGAGUCGACCGCCUCCGGAUCCGCAUGUGGAAGAUGCCCUCGACAUCCUGCACCCCCCUGCCCAUGUCGUGCAGAAUGCGGACGACUCUGCGGUGCUGCAGGUCUACGGUGCUCCGUGUAGCGACCGAGAAAUGCAAGCUAUCAAAGAGUUGCUGCGAGCAAGGGCCAUCGGCAUUGAAUCUGCUGUGUAUGCCACAGACCUUGAACACUUCGAUGCUGUUGCACUGGAAGGCUUGCGUGACCGAGGUCUUGUCAUCUGCGAGACUGAUAUGUUCUCAGAUGUAUCCGUCGCCUUGACGGGCAAGUUGACCUACAGUGCAAGCUUGGUGCUGGCACGGCCAUUGUUGCUUUGGGAGCUUGACCAAACGACUUUGACUCGAGGCCAGAUGCCAGGCUGGGAGCCAGGGCUGGGCCGGGAAGCGUGGCAUCGCAAGCAGGGAGAGAAACGUCUUCCAGAUGACGUUCUAGUUUGCAGCCUCCCCUUCCUCAGAGCUUUGAUGCUGAGUCGGCUUAUAUGGGAAAAGCCCGGCAACUUGUCGGGCAUUUACUUGAAAGGCCCCCAGCAGUAUUAUGAGUUCUUGGUGGAUCAGGACGAUCUCAGCAGCUUGCGGGAUGCUUCUGCAGAGGAAAUCAAUGCUCGGUUCGCGCAGAAGAAAAAAAGACUUGCUGGCCGCAGCUUGACAAGAGAUGCGGCUACAGGUCUGGAGCUUGACCCAGAGGCUGAUGAUGCCGAGUUAGAAGAGCUUGUGCAAGAGCUGCCUGAAAAGCUCAUGCAAGCAGAAGAGCCGCAGCCAAGCAUGGCCAGCGGUGGUAGACGUGUCGCUCCUCUAGAAAUCGACUUGGGAGGCGGUAGGACACAGGUAGUGCAUUUUGACAAUUUCACACACUCCAGCGGUCAGCUCCGAGCAUUCGUUGCUUGCGAGACACACAGCGGCUGCCGCUUGUACACGUUUGUACGGCAUCAUGGCAGCCGCAGGCGGGCUGCUGCCUUUUUGCUUGCUUGGCAAAUGCGAGCAGCUCACCACCGCAGAGCUGAAGCUCACAUUGCGGACAAGCCAAGUGAAGAGCAGGUGGAUGCCAUGAUGCUCCGGUGGGUGCCGGUGGUCUACAACCAGUGGGGCGAGGCGCAGCUCCCACACCGGCCGCCUGCGCUGUUGCCGCCGCAUCCGCCGGCGGCGGCGGCCCCUUUUGCUGGCACGGGUGCAGCCCACGGUGCAGCCACAGGUGGCGGUGUUGCUGCUAACCCCUCGGGGGCUGCAGCAAUGCCGGCGCCGAAAAAAAAUCCUGGCCAGGUGGACCUAAGCAGCGAGGAUGACGACGAGGAGUCUGAGGAGGAGGAGGCGGCUAAGAAGGACGAGGACAAGGAGCCGGACUCCCAGUCGCGGAAGGAUGAUAUCGUGGUGGUGGACCACGACCAGGAGAAGAAGAAAGAAGAAAAGGGUGGCAAAAAGGAGGAGGCUGCUCAGAAGCGCAAGAAGAAGAAGGAGAGCAGCUCUUCCAGCGCUCCCGCAGCCGCAGGGCGAGCGAGCCUGCGGCAAGCUCCGGCCGCCGUGGGCGCGAUUCGCGGAAGGAGCCGACAGGGCAGCUAG